GUGGGCUGUCAUAUCAUCUGCUUACAUGUUGGUAUGAAAUUUACUCAUCAACAGGGACGUACACAUCCAAACAUCUUUUGAACAUCCUCAUCUUACCAAUCCGAUUGUAUCCUGGUCUCCCCUUACAGUGUAUCCUGAUCCCUCUCUUUGAGACUGCCACAGUUUAGUAGUCGAAGCCCCUUGAUUAACGGUCAGAAAUCUUUUCAGCAUCAUGCCUGAAUCAAAGAAGAUUUUCACUGUUUUCGGAGCCACUGGUCUCCAGGGUGGCAGCGUUGUUUCCACAUUCCUCACCGAUCCUAAGCUCAAGGACGAGUGGACCCUUCGCGGAGUCACUCGAGAUGUGAACAAGGACUCUGCGAAGAAGCUUGCAGAGCAGGGCGUCGAGGUUGUUGCUGCCGAUAUGGAUGACAAAGCAUCUGUGGUCGAGGCAGUAAAGGGCUCGUAUGCUGUCUUUGCUGUGACCAACUACUGGGAAAAGAUGGAUAUGAAGCUUGAAAUCCAGCAGGGCAAGAACAUGGCCGAUGCCGCAAAGGAAGCUGGCGUCCAGCAUUAUAUCUGGAGCUCACUUUAUGAUGUCACCAAGUUGUCGAACGGCAAACUCAAAUGUGUCUACCAUUUCGAUGGCAAGGCAGAGGUUGAAGAGUAUGUCCGCUCGCUGGGCAUUCCAGCCACUUUCUUUAUGGCAGGUGUCUACAUGAGCAAUUUCCCAGGUGCUAUGUUCAAGCCGUCACCGCCAAGCAAUGCUUGGACUCUCAGUAUGCCCAUGACGCCAUCGUCUCAAAUUCCCAUGUACUCGGUAGCCGAUACAGGAAAGUACGUCAAGGCCAUAAUCUUGAAUCGGGAGAAGCUCCUUGGGAAACGAUUCUUGGGCGCGACAAACUACAUGACGGCCCAGGAGCUGGUGGACGAGUUCAAGCAGUUGUUCCCCGAGGCCGGAAAGACGGCUCAAUACUUCCAGUUGACUGAGUCUAUGUACCGGGAUUUCAUGAAAUCCCAAGGGACACCUGAAUUCGUGAUCGACGAGACAUAUGAGAACGUACGGCUCUUGGAGGAGUUUGGCUACUAUGGCGGUGCCCCUCUCGAUGAGACGCACAAGCUGGUAACGGACCCAUUGACUACAUGGGCAGAGUAUGCUAAAACCGCAAGCGGCUUUGCGGGAUUGAAGUAGAACUUAGCUUAGUGGCAAUGAUACCGAAAUAGGUGUAUCAAUGAAAAAAAAGUAAGC